UUCUCUCGUUCUUCGUCUUCUCUCGUUCUUCUUCUUCUUCUUCUUCUUCUUCUUCAUCUCUUGCUCUCUUACAGCCUUCUUUCUCUGGUUCUUGAUGUGCGUUUGCUCAAAUCUGGAAUCGGAGCUUGUUUUUCCCGGUUCUGGUGGCAGAUCUCUAUCAAAGGGAGAGUCGGCCGAAAUGCCUGAUGAAAACAAGAAACGCAAGAUUUCGCCGGAUCCUGAUUCAUCUCUUAGAUUAGGGCACAAUAAGGGAAAUGAUGCUGCCAUAUCUGAACAAAAUAAAAAGGUUAGAACUGAUAUAGAGCGCAAUUCUAGCCUACCGGCGGGUUCUGGUGUUUUAGCUCGUUCAAGUACAAUAGGUGAAAAACCCUUAUGCCCUUGCAAAAAGCUAGGACAGGUGGUACCUGUUGAUGGCUCAGGAUGUAGCAGCACUGCUCCCCCAGUGGAGGAGAGUGAAUCGUUGAAGAUUUGGAAAGAAAUGAAACGCAAUGGUUUCCUUUCUUCUCCGCAUGGAGGUGUACCCUUGACCAAAAAUCGUGGUCAGCAAUGUACCAAGAAAAAACAUGAUGAACAAAAAAAGAAGCCCAAGAGAAUAAAGAAAGAAAAGGAAAACAUGUUCAUCAAAUUUGCUGCUCCAAGUGGAUUGCUUUCAGGAUGCAACCCAGGGAUCAUCAAGUGUGUCAAGAAUAGCAAACAAGUCCACUCGAAAAUAGAGGCUAUGUUGCAAUUGGUGCAUUAUUGUAGUCAAGUCAAGAGUGGAUGUUCUGACCUAUUGGAGGUUGGAAUUCUGAGAGGUGAUAACGAAAUUGAAGAGCAGAAAACUGCACACUAUGGGGCAGCCAAUCAAUUUUCUCCAUCAUUAAGUAAUUUGGUGUGUGAUGACACACUGAAAUCAUCAUUGAAUGUGACUACAAAUUCGGAGAAGUCAAUCAGUGCUUCCAAUGAAGAAUCAUCAGCAAAUGAAAAGACAGUUUAUUUGUUGUCAUUGAAAGGGGCUAGUGUAGCAUCUCUUUGGUUGGAACUGCUUCAGUUUGAUAUUAACUGCCGCCUUGCUGCACUGGAUCUCAGUAAGAGGAGGUUUAGAAAUGUGAUGAAAGUUGAAAUGCCUAACCUAUUGUCAGUAGAAUUCUCUUCCAGCCAACGGAGCAAGCCCUGCUCUGAGCAUCCAUCCGUCGUAGAUAAGCAUGAAAAGCGAUGGAGAGCUCUUUAUGGUCAGAUGUGUACCGCUUUAAAAGAAGAAGAGAAACAUCUUGAGAGUUUGUCGAUACAAGUCCAAAACAUGAGAGUGCUGUGUGAUAAAGGCCUGAAAUAUGGCACUGCAGAUGGCCGGCCCGUAUUUGGCUCCGCGGAGGAUCCAAGAUUGAGGAAACCUGAUAAACUAGAGCUGGAGUCUUUAAUCAUGGCAGCUGCAGCUUCCAUUUAUUCUACCAGCAGCCUGACUAUGGCAAGAGAAAAUGCAACCUGAUCACUUUUUGUACUUGUAAGACUCUCUCUCUCUCCAACUUAUGGAAUUGUUACUUAAUGAUAUAGGAGACAAAUUUUCUUUUAUUGCUUAUCUAUGCUUCAUGAUUCAAAGAGAACUGAAUUGCGUCCACGAGUAAUGUAGGCAUUUUUUAGUAGAUGUGCAAAAUCUCUGAUCAUUUUACUUGUUUUACUAUCAAAAGAAAACAUCCUAUGAUCUUUUCACUAGACAAAGAAUGUUGAGCAUGUUGGUUA